UAGAACUUGACUCUCGGCCAAUAGGGGCGGGGCGGCGGAGGGAGCGUCCAGCCAACGGGGAGGCGCUGGCCCAGGAAGGAAGUGAGCGGAGCUGAGGAGGAGGAAGCAGUUCUGCGGGGGAGAGCUCGGUCUCUAUCUAUUCAGUAUAGCCUUCUCCCUCCCCAGCCUCGCAAGGCGCCCCACCCGCGGCGCUGCUUCUCCCCAUCCUUGCGCGCAUGCGCGGGCCGUGGGUUUCUUGGCAGUGAGCCGCUCCCCUGUCUCCGGUUAUCCAUAGGACCCAGCUAGCCGCACCAUGUCUGAGCUAAAGGACUGUCCCCUUCAGUUCCACGAUUUCAAGUCUGUGGACCACCUGAAGGUGUGCCCUCGCUACACAGCUGUGCUGGCCCGUUCGGAAGAUGAUGGCAUCGGCAUUGAAGAACUCGACACCCUGCAGCUGGAGCUUGAAACGCUGCUGUCUUCUGCCAGCCGCCGGCUUCGGGUGCUGGAGACUGAGACCCAGAUCCUGACAGAUUGGCAAGACAAGAAAGGGGACAGGAGGUUUCUGAAGCUGGAAAAAAAAGAGCAUGAGUUGGGCACUCCUGUCAAACAUGGCAAACCCAAGAAACAGAAGCUGGAAGGGAAAGGAGGUCACAGCACAGGGCAGGGUCCCGGCCGGCCCAAAUCCAAGAACUUACAGCCCAAAAUCCAGGAGUAUGAAUUCCCAGAUGACCCAAUUGAUGUGCCCCGUAUCCCCAAAAAUGAUGCACCUAAUAGGUUCUGGGCCUCGGUGGAGCCAUACUGUGCUGACCUCACCAGUGAGGAGGUGCGUACCUUAGAAGAGCUCCUCAAGCCUCCCGAAGACGAAGCAGAACACUACAAGAUCCCACCUCUGGGAAAGCAUUACUCCCAGCGCUGGGCCCAAGAAGACAUGCUGGAGGAGCAGAAGGAUGGGGCUCGGGCCGCCGUUACUGCUGACAAGAAGAAAGGCAUUUUGGGGCCCCUGACAGAGCUGGACACUAAAGAUGUUGACGCUUUGCUAAAGAAGUCCGAGUCCCAGCAUGAACAGCCUGAGGACGGCUGCCCCUUUGGACCUCUGACCCAGCGGCUUCUGCAGGCGUUAGUAGAAGAGAACAUAAUCUCCCCCAUCGAAGACUCGCCUAUUCCCGAGAUAGCAGGCAAGGACUCCACAGCUGAUGGGGCCAGCACUUCCCCCCGCAGCCAAAACAAGCCCUUCAGUGUGCCCCACACCAAGUCUCUGGAAGGCCGCAUCAAAGAAGAGCUGAUUGCUCAAGGCCUGCUGGAGUCGGAGGACCGGCCUGCUGAGGACUCGGAGGACGAGGUGCUGGCCGAGCUGCGGAAGAGGCAGGCUGAACUCAAAGCUCUGAGCGCACACAACCGGGCCAAGAAAGUCGAGCUGCUCAGGCUGGCCAAGGAGGAGCUGCACAGGCAGGAGCUGCGCCACCGGGUGCGCAUGGCUGACAACGAGGUGAUGGACGCCUUCCGCAAGAUCAUGGCCGCCCGCCAGAAGAAGCGCACCCCGACGAAGAAGGAGAAAGACCAGGCCUGGAAGAGCCUCAAGGAGCGCGAGAGCAUCCUGAAACUGCUUGAUGGCUAAGCCCUCGCAUCCCAUGGGGAGUGUUAAUUGGGAGCCCCUUGGCCCAAGCGCCUCCAUUUUGAACCGCGGUGUAGGCUCCAGCUUUAAGGGAGGUGACAGCUGCAAAUAUGGACUACUGCAGCAGCUCCCUCCAUUCAGCUCACCAGCAUCCUGUUGCAGCCAGGGAUCUGGGCAGGCUGGACUUGGCCUGCUUGCCACCCCUCCUUCCUGCGUGUGGCUAGGAGGGACUCCUCCCUGUGUGUGAGCUGGGGCAGGGGAAGCCUUGAUUGCUGCUAAAGUUGGCAGUCCCUCCUCGGACAUCGGCAGAGCCGGCUUGCGGCAUUGGAAACGGGGAACAGGACAGAACCUACGAGUCGGGCCUGAGCAUGGCACAGAAGCUGCCAGGACUCUGCCUGCAGCCGUAUAAACUUGUGGAGGCGGAUGGCUUCGGAUUCCGUUUCAUGUUUUCUGCCCCGCUUUCUCCACGCUGCAUGCGAGGCUGCAGAGACAGUGAAACCUUGCAGGCGGCGGCCGGAAUUCCCCAAGCGCCUGAGUGGCAUUCGGCUGGGAACAAUUUGCCACAACACUCCGGGGCCCUAAUCUGGGACAGACCCAAGUUAAAAUGGCCAGUGAAGCUCAGAAACUGGACUACCUGACCCCUAGGCGGUGUAAAUAGGUGCCUGAAGUGUCUGGCGUUGGGCAGUAGAGGGAGCUGCUUGUCUCUCGUAGGGUCUCAGUCAGACUGUUCACUGUUGGCCUGGGACAAAUAGUGAAGGUCCCUGCGCUGUGGAAGAUUGUGGGUGCUUGUGAGCCUGAGAGGCAGCCCUGACGGCUUUCCUCUGAUCCCUGUCCUGCUCAGCCUCUUCCUCUGGUGGUGUGAUGUCUUUUCUCCCAGCUUCCCCUUUCUCUGAUUGUCUAAAGUACCUACCGAGGGGUUGGCCUUGGUGUGGGAAAUUGAGCAAAGGGGUGCCCUUGGGUUCUACGAUGCAAGGCCUGAUUGGAAGAGGCCGUAGGGGCAGGUGGGAUUUGGCAUUUGGGCUGAGUGGCCUUGGCUGGGCCUGCACCUAUCCCAGCCCCACAAGAAAAUCACUAAUGGGAAUAGCAGCUGGAACCUGCGGUGGGGGAAGGGGCUGGGUAUGGAGAGUCACCUUCCGUUCUCUCUGAACCUGUGUGUUCGCUCUCCUGGCAUCAGCCUGGGAAGAGAGGGCCAGACCUAAGAAAGCGAGCGGGGAAGAAGUAAAACAUCAGGUUCUCUUUCUCCAUCCCCUAUGGGAAAGAGAAACAAGCAGGAGCUGCCUUAUGAGCAGACUUCUCAGAUCCACAGGGAGGGGGAAAGGGAAUGGGCAGGGCAGAGAUCGCCUGAGUGGCCUGAGAUGGGCCGAACCCAUGUAGAGAAUUCUCAACCCUGCCAACUGCAUAAUAUCUAGCCAGGCUUCGGGGGGCAGACAGGUCAGGCAAGGCCAGCGCUGCCUUUUCUUCCUCCGUUGGGGUACAUUUGCCUGCCAAGAGCGGUUGGAAUGCUCCUGCCCGCUUUGCCUAAGUUUCACCUUCCUGCUUCUUGCUCCCUUUAUAUGGCAUUGGGUUGUCAGGUGAUUGACAGGCAGGGAGCCAGGAAGCUGAGGACCCAGCGCCCUGCUCCCAGCUUUACGCAACUGGCUGUGAGUGUGUGCUUACCCUUACUGUAGUCAUGCCAUAUUGCAGCGCUGCACAAGGGAACCUCAAUCUCCGGUUGGCGUCAGAGCCGCCAUAGCACAAUUUCAACACAGCAGUAGGAGGAGAUUGAAGCAAGGCUGUGGGCUUCCUCUUGCACACACUUCACCGGCUGCACCUGCAGACUUCUUCCACCUCCGCUGACUUUACCUCCUUCUGAAAGUUUGACGGGCAGCUGACGACUUGUCUUAAUUAAGCAUACAAUGCCUGUGUUUAAAAACACACUUGGGACCUGUUUUCUGCCCUCACCCCACUCCUUUCACGUACCAGCAACUUUCAAACACUUCCUGCUGUGCCUGCCUAGAGGAGGCUUCAAGCCUCAUUGGUCUCCGACGUGAGGCGACUCUGGGAACAGAUGGUAUUGGGGGCUGGAAAGGGCAGCGGCGGAGAAGCCAGGAGGAAGAUCUGGCAUUUGGGAAAGGAUCGAAUGAGUUCUUCACACGCUGCGGUCUCUUCCAGUUUGUGUCAACAUGGUGCCUCACUAGAAAUUCUUCCAGAGUGUCAAUAAACCCAUGACUACGAGAGCAGCUGGUGUGUUUGGGUGUAAACUUUGUCAAGGAUCCGAGGGUUUGGAUAGGACCCAAGAGGAUGUUACUGAUAAAUUUGGGUGCUGUAGGAGAAACUGACAGAAGUUGAAGGGGAUCUAGCAAACCCCACCCUAAAAUAGCACGGGAGACUUUGGAGCAGGCUAGUCAAGGCUUUGGAUGUACUGUAUUCUUGAAAUACAACCAGGUGAGCCUGGACUCCUAGGACGGAAAGGUCAAUACUAUAUAACUGGUGGAUACAACUCCCAUGAUCAGAUUAGAGCAGCUGGAGGAUAAAACUAAUUCAAAAAGCAUUGAUGCAGCAGAAAAAAGGGGGAGGUAUGUUUGUUUUUUAAGUGUACCGCCUGCAGGGAAAGAUGAGCAGGGUAGCCUGUAAAGAGGAACUGUUAAAAAAGAAUUAGAGAGAACUAAAUAAAAGCCACAUUGUGGCUUUCACAGCCCACUGAACCAAGGAAAGGAUGGGGAUGGUGAAACAAAUUACAAGGAAAUGUUUCAAGGAAGCAAGACUUUAAUUGACUUCAACUGCUCUGAUAUCUGCUAGGCUUCAAGCUCUACUAAUCAGGGAAUCGCCCAACAAAUUCCUGCCAGACCUUGCUGACAAAAACUUCCUCUUCCAGAAGGUGGAGGAAUGAAUUAGGGGGGGGGGGGGCGACUGUCUGAAUUAAUAGGGAAGAUUUAGUCAAGGGUUCUCCCCACAUGCUCAUAUCGUUUAUGGGCGGGGCGGAAAGUAAUCCCUGCAUAAGUUGCCUCUGCCAUGGGGUCUGCGAAAAUAGCCUUGCCUGACAUCUGGAGGGCCGCAGUUUGGGGAUGCCUGGUCAAUGAGAUGCGAGUGGCAGGAGAUUUGGGGGGAAAGUGGCCACAAGUAAUGAUGGAACUUGUCAUUUCGUGUAAAGCCAAAGCUAAGGAUCAAAUGGAUUUUGGGAAAGCUGAUUUUUGUUUAACAAACUCAGGAAAAUACUACAUAGGAUUUGAGUGCCAAUGUGGUGUAGUGGUCAGAGUGUCGGACUAGGACCUGGGAGACCAGGGUUCAAAUAUCCACUUGGCCAUGAAGCUCACUGCCUCUCAGUCUACCCUACUUCACAGGGUUGUUGUAAGAAUUAAUUGGGGGGGUGGGACAGAACAAUGUUCACCACCUUGAGGUUGUCAGAGGGAAAAAGCCGGAUAUUAAUGCAAUAUAUACAUUCUGCAGCUAGAUAUACUGACAGGGAAAGGAGUUAAAGUUGGACGGCAUCUUCUGGAGGAGGAGUUACCGGUACUAAAGGCA